AUGUCAGAUAUCACCAUCACCAACAGCAACGUCUGCGCGUCUGCCAGAAAACGUCCCUUUACGAUACAGGGUGCCCUCGAUGAACGAUCUCCAGAUAAGAUUACGGUAUGGGGACGCAAAGGUACAACUUCGGCGCUUGGAGGUAUUGCGUGUCUCGCGAUGAUGGUAGUCUGCCCGAUGAUCACGAUUUUCUGGUGGACCUCGCUGAGUCAUUAUGAUGGUUCUCUUUACCGUGCUGGCGUGUCCAUGGUGAAUACUGGAUUGAUACCGUUCUUCAUUCAGAAUACACCAGGAACAACUCUGCCUGUCGUGACUGUAUAUGCAUGCUGGACCCUGUCGCAUGUCAUCCUCUACUCUUUCUUGCCAGGGACGCGAUGCAAGGGCCAGCUCACGCCAGCGGGAAAUCUGUUGGAAUACAAGAUAAAUGGCUUCCUUGCGUGUAUUAUGUCGCUAAUACUGGCUGGAGGGCUUCACAUUUACGGGCUCUUUGAUUUGGCCUUCGUGGCUCAAAACUGGGGGAGUUUUGUAUGCCUGUUUAAUAUCUACGGCUUGCUACUGGCAUUGGUAUUCUACAUAAAAGCCCAUGUCUCUCCUACUCACCCUGAGGACAGGAAAUUUAGUGGAUCUAUAUUUUACGAUUUCUAUAUGGGCAUAGAAUUUAACCCCCGCCUCGGUUCGGAUUGGGACAUGAAACUCUUCCACAAUGGGCGUCCAGGCAUGAUUGGGUGGUUGAUAGUUGACAUGUGCUUUGCUGCAUGGCAAUAUAAGCAGUACGGAUAUAUCACCAACUCAAUGAUUAUUACUAGCUUCCUUCAUGCGGUAUACGUCAUUGACUUCUUUUGCAAUGAAGGCUGGUACCUAAAGACGCUCGACAUGUGCCAUGACCACUUCGGGUUUUACUUCUCUUGGGGCAUUGCUGCGUGGCUUCCCGUGAUGUAUACUCUUCAAACACAGUAUCUGGCCUCCCACCCAGUCGACCUUUCCAACUGGACCGCAGCGUUGAUCUUGACGACCGGAGUGUCAGGAUACGUCCUAUUUCGUGCGGCAAACCAUCAGAAAUACAUCUCCCGCGCCACGAAUGGAAAUUGUAAAAUAUGGGGUAAACCUCCCCAAUUUAUCCGUGCUAAGUAUAAGACCGCGGAAGGGUCCAUGCAUGAAUCCCUCUUGUUAUGCUCAGGCUGGUGGGGGCUUGUUCGUCAUGCCAAUUACCUCGGUGAUUUGAUUCUUUCGUACUCUAUGUGUGCUUCUUGUGGAUUCACGAAUUUGCUUCCCUGGACGUAUGCAAUUUACAUGACAAUAUUGCUUGUCCAUCGAUGCUAUCGCGACGAAGUGAGGUGCUACAAUAAGUAUGGAAAAGCUUGGAAGGAAUACUGUGCAAAGGUUCCGUACCGAAUCGUCCCAGGAAUUUUCUAG